AUGGCGAAGAAGACGCGCGUCGCCAUCAAAGUGAUAAAACCAGUUGGCCCUAAGCUUAUGCUAUACGGCGGAGACGUCGUCGCGAGGUUAUUACUGGAUAAAGUUCGGCAUCCAAAUAUUCUUCCCGUCUAUGGGGCCGUGGAAGGUCGAAUGUUUGACCCUUUGGCGCAAUCGUCACACCGUGGUGCUCAAACGGCAAUGCUGUUCAAUAUCUCCAGAACUACAAGCUCUCGCCACUCGAAAGAUAUCGAUUGUACAGUGGCGAGGUGUUGUGGAUGGCCUGGUUCACUUCCAUUCCCGCAUGAGCCGCAAAUCGUACAUGGAGAUAUGAAACCCCCCAACGUUCUUAUUGCAGAUGACGGACGACCGAUGAUCUGCGACCUUGGUCUUGCGCGACUCAUCGUCGACGGCUCUCAACCUCAUCGUCUCCCCUCGAGUGCAGGGGUUAUGAACAUUGGGCGGAUGGGUGGAAUCAACACUACGAGUGCGCAUGCACGGGGACGCGCGGUAUCUUGCCCCCGAGCAGGUCGACUGAAUCGUCCAUCUCAGCCAACCACGGCUACGGAUGCAUAUGCGGUAGCGUGCAUUGAUUCGAGUUCAUCUAUUGUACCUUAUGCUCAUCGAGAGCAUAACCUCCAGGACAAAUAUUCCACGACAUUCGGACUGGCGUCCCACCCGCGUCUCGACCAGACAUGUCCUCUUCUUUGGCUGAUGAUGCACUCGCGUCAUCCUCUGCCGAUGGCAUCGAUAUUCUUUGGAGUAUUCUAG